CUACUUUCGAUCACGUGUCUGCGGGGCGACUUAGACGGAUUGCGCGUCAUCUCGCCUUCCCAAAUUUUUCCCCUUCUGCUGCAGCUCGAAUCCAAAACAUCUAUCUAUAGUGGCCGAGUAGCGAGAGAGCGAAAGAUGUUUAACUCGGUGAAUCUGGGCAACUUCUGCUCCCAGACACGCAAAGACCGGACAUCCGAGUUUGGGGACAGGACGGGCUGCGCUUCCAACAUCUACCUCCCCAGCUGCACCUACUACGUCCCCGAGUUUUCCGCCGUCUCCUCGUUUCUUCCGCAGGCCCCUUCGCGGCAAAUCAGCUACCCUUACUCCACGAAUCUGUCUCAAGUGCAGCCGGUGCGGGAAGUUUCGUACGGCUUGGACCCCGCCAGCAAAUGGCACCACAGGAGCAACUAUGCGUCGUGCUACUCGGGAGAGGAUCUGGUGCAUAGAGACUGUCUUCCUCCAUCCACCAUGACAGAAAUGCUCAUGAAGAACGAGAGCGUGUACAGCCACCACCAUCACCACCAUGCCCACCCGGGAUCCAAUCACCCUUCCACGGGCUUUUACUCUGGCGUGGGGAAAAACAACGUCCUCCCACAAGGCUUCGACCGCUUUUUCGAGACCGCAUACUGCAGCAGCACGGACAAUCAGUCAGACAAUUGUUUACAAAAGGGCGAGGGAGGGAAGCUGGAAAGCGACUCCCAGCAGCAGCAGCAACAACAGCAACAGCAGCAGCAACAGCAGGACGCCACAGCCGCUAUAUCUGGAGUCCCGGAGCCGGGGAAAGACCCAGACGACGAGGAGGAACACACGAAUUCAGGCUCCUGCACCUCUUCUUCCGCCACAGCCAAGGACGGAAACGCCAGCAAGAGCAGCCACUCGAGCGUCCCUCGAACAAGGAAGAAGCGGUGUCCCUAUUCCAAGUUUCAAAUUCGAGAGCUGGAGCGGGAAUUCUUCUUCAACGUUUACAUCAACAAGGAGAAGAGGCUCCAGCUUUCCCGAAUGUUGAACCUCACCGACCGCCAGGUCAAAAUCUGGUUCCAGAACAGAAGAAUGAAAGAGAAGAAGCUGAGCAGAGAUCGCUUGCAGUACUUCUCUGGAAACCCCCUGUUGUGAGCAGAAAGAGUGUCACAGGACAGUGGCAUAGAGGCCUCCUCCUCCUCCUUCUCCUUAUCUCAUUGAAUGAAUGGUAAUCGUGGGCAUAACCGUUUUUUUUUUCCUUUUCCACAGAGGAGCCCAUAUCACCAACAGUGCAAUGUGAAAAAAAAAAUGAACAGUGGAAGAAAAUAGGCCUUUCAAUAAGGGGAGGGGGAUAAUGUCGCCAUUUUCUUAUUAUCCUGCUGGGCGGCGAUGAAUUUCUAGCUGGUUUUACCCCCUCUGACAAAAAGGCCUGCGUUAGAAUAAACAUUUAUUAUGCUGGUCUUGAAAAUGUCCUAUUUAUCACGACUCUCCGUUUGUCUUUAAUCUACUGUUCGUAUCGACAUAUUUGUUAAAGUAUCAGCAGAACAACUUUUAGCUCUUACUCCAGCCUCUGGUCAGUGUAUAUAGCAUAUCAAUAUCUAAAAUAUUUCAUCAUCGACCAGAGUGUGGGCAGAAUUUUUUUUUUUUUUUUUUUUUUCAGGCCAUAUAUUUUUUUCCCUCCUUGAGAGAUGUGGUAUCCAAAUCUGUGAAAGUAUUACAUCACCCCCCCAACCCCCGCCCCCCCCAACCUCCUCCUCCCGGCCACCUUCAUGUAUACAGAAUAGCCUAUGCAAUGUGCAUUCGUGACUGUAAAUAGGCAUAUGUUGGAUUUUUUUUUCUCCAUAUCCCUGCUGCUAUUUUUCAGCACACUUGCCCAUGCCACACGAAUAGCUUUAAUGGCGACUCUUGUUAAAUUAUUUGCUUCAGACAUUUUGGUGCUUUGGAUCGCAGAGAGGAUGAGCAGAUCGUCGGCCUGUGUAUCGCUACAAUAACUAAAUAAACAGAAACCUAUAGGCAAAACUGAACGACUUUGUGCUAUUUGUGCUGUUACAUUGCAUACUCGUGUUUUUUUUUUUCUUUUUUGUUUUUGGGCACAGCGCUGCUUUUUCUUUUUUCUUUUUGUUUUUCUUGUGUGACUUGCAUGCCUCUUGGAAAUAUCAACUUCUGUUAAAUUUGAAUAUGUAGACCCUGGCACAAUGUACCCGUCUUAAUGGCUUGUGCGUUUGGAUACAAGCGUUGGAAGCGAUAGGACUGAAGGCUCAAAUAUCAGCGGAUAUUUCGGGAACUGUUCGCAGAUUUUCUCAUUUUUUUCCACGUGGAUUCCCACUUUAGGCGUUUUCUCGCGCGUUGAACGAACCACAGCUUAGAUCCUUCAUAGAGAGAAAGAGAGAGAGGCCAAGAAGGGAAUGAUAACCUCUUUUAGUAGACACUAAAUGGAAUCGCCACUCUUGUAGUCUAGACGCUGCCAUAAAGACAGAGGCACUAAAUGGCUAUUUUUUUCUCUUAAUUGCACCGUCUGUUCUGGGGAAAUGGUGUUCACUUCCGCACUAAAUAGUAAACAAGCAAGACUAGAUGUCCUAAGGAAGAACAGUGAGAAAUAGAGGUUUUAGAGAUGAACUAGGUCUGUGACAUAUGCAAGAAAAAGAAGAAAACAAAAAAAAGUGGGCAACAGAAAGCAAACGUGUGUGUGGGGGGGGGGGAGGGGGGAUUCGUGUGUGCGUGCGUGUGUGUGUAAGAGUGUGUAUUAUGUUGACGGAAUUGACGCAUGUGACUUGCGAAUGUGACGGUGCGCACACCAUAUGUGCGCAGGAUGAUUGCACGUGUGCAUUAAGCACAAUGUAUAAUUAAAUGUAGUCUUUGAACUUCAAUAAUGUCAAGGCCUUCACCUUUAACCCGCCGCAAUAAAGUGGAAUCAAGGAGCCCGGAAAUGGUCGCAGCGGCGGAACGGACCAAUGGGAGUGAGUGGGAACAGAAAAUGGAAUGCGUACACAGGACCAACUUUGACCUUUCGCAUUAAACUACAACAGGUAACUUUGCCAGCUUUAACACAUCCAGUAAAUACACUUUAUUGUCCCUGUAAAAAAAAAAAAAAGAAAGAAAAGAAACCGUAGGUGUUCACGCAUGAGGCGAUUUUAAAUGUGCAGAUUUGUACUCGGUUCGCACACAAAUUGAGGGUUUGUAUGUGUGUGAUGAUGUGACUGUUAAUAAAUUACUAUGUGAUUA